GUCUGAUCAAUCUACUCCACACCAUUUCUCAGUGAUCCUCUGCAUCUCUGCCUGUAAGGGCCUCCCUGACACCCAAGUUCGUAUUGCUCAGAAACAGUGAACUUGAGUUUUUCGUUUUAUCUUGGUCUCUCUCUGACAAAGAAAUCCAGAUGAUGCGAGACUUGCUGGAGACAAUACGUGGAAAAUGACAGUCUUGGAAAUAACUUUGGCUGUCAUCCUGACUCUACUGGGACUUGCCAUCCUGGCUAUUUUGUUAACAAGAUGGGCACAAUGUAAGCAAAGUGAAAUGUAUAUCUCCAGAUACAGUUCAGAACAAAGUGCUAGACUUCUGGACUAUGAGGAUGGUAGAGGAUCCCAACAUGCAUAUUCAACAGAAAGUGACACUUCAUAUGAUAACCGAGAGGGAUCCAAAAGAGAUUACACACCAUCAACCAACUCUCUAGUGUCUAUGGCAUCUAAGUUCUCCCUGGGACAAACAGAACUCAUUCUUGUUUUGAUGUGUUUUAUUUUAGCACUGUCUCGAUCAAGUAUUGGUAGUAUAAAAUGUUUACAAACAACUGAAGAACCUCCGUCCAGAACUGCAGGAGCCACUAUGCAAUUCACAGCCCCUAUUCCCAGAGCUACAGGACCUAUCAAGCUCUUUCAAAAAACCAUUGUGCAAACUCCAGGACCUAUUGCUAAGCUGCCUGGAAAAAAUGCUGGUCCACCUUCAGCACCCCGAGGUCCACCCGUGGCACCCAUAUUAAUUUCGCAGAGAACUGCAAGAACACCUCAAGUUCACACUAUGGACAGUUCUGGAAAAAUCACACUGACUCCUGUGGUUAUAUUAACAGGUUACAUGGAUGAAGAACUUGCCAAAAAAUAUUGUUCCAAAGUCCAGAUACUAAAAUGUGGAGGCACUGCAAGGUCUCAGAAUAGCCGAGAAGAAAACAAGGAAGCACUAAAGAAUGACAUCAUAUUUACGAAUUCUGUAGAAUCCUUGAAAUCAGCACACAUAAAGGAGCCAGAAAGAGAAGGAAAAGGCACUGAUUUAGAGAAAGACAAAAUAGGAAUGGAGGUCAAGGUAGACAGUGACGCUGGAAUACCAAAAAGACAGGAAACCCAACUAAAAAUCAGUGAGAUGAGUGUACCACAAGGACAGGGAGCCCAAAUAAAGAAAAGUGUGUCGGAUGUACCAAGAGGACAGGAGUCCCAAGUAAAGAAGAGUGAGUCAGGUGUCCCAAAAGGACAAGAAGCCCAGGUAACGAAGAGUGGGUUGGUUGUACUGAAAGGACAGGAAGCCCAGGUAGGGAAGAGUGAGAUGGGUGUGCCAGGAAGACAGGAAUCCCAAGUAAAGAAGAGUGAGUCGGGUGUCCCAAAGGGACAGGAAGCCCAGAUAAAGAAGAGUGAGUCAGUUGUACUGAAAGGACAGGAAGCCCAGGUAGAGAAGAGUGAGUUGAAGGUACCAAAAGGACAAGAAGGCCAAGUAGAGAAGAGUGAGGCAGAUGUGCCAAAGGAACAGGAGGUCCAAGAAAAGAAGAGUGAGGAAGGUGUACUGAAAGGACCACAAUCCCAAGUAAAGAACACUGAGGUGAGUGUACCAGAAACACUGGAAUCCCAAGUAAAGAAGAGUGAGUCAGGUGUACUAAAAGAACAGGAAGCCCAAGAAAAGAAGGAGAGUUUUGAGGAUAAAGGAAAUAAUGAUAAAGAAAAGGAGAGAGAUGCAAAGAAAGAUCCAAAUAAAAAAGAAAAAGGUGACAAAAACACAAAAGGUGACAAAGGAAAGGACAAAGUUAAAGGAAAGAGAGAAUCAGAAAUCAAUGGUGAAAAAUCAAAAGGCUCGAAAAUGGCGAAGGCAAGUAAAGGAAGGAAGUACAACAAAAAAGUGGAAGAGUAAGGAUAAAUUUUUUAAAGGCCCAUAAGACAAGUAAUUAUUAUGAUUCCCAUACUCCAGAUACAAACCAUAUCCCAGCCAUU